AUGGCUCAGUCUGAUUACCUAUUUGUUGCUGCAAUAGAUUUUGGAACAACAUAUUCUGGGUAUGCGUUUUCGUCCCGUGCCGACUUUACACGAAAUCCACUGGACAUCCAUGCACCUCAGGCUUGGCAUGCUGGGAGUGCACAACUCUUGUCAUUAAAAACCCCUACAUGUCUGCUACUUGAUUCUGACAAAAACUUUGUUGCAUUUGGAUACGACGCAGAAAACAGAUAUGCCGACUUAGUUAGUAGGGAACUUCACGAAGGCUACUUCUACUUUUCCAGAAUUAAAAUGAUCUUAUACCAAAACAAGAAUUUAUCGAAAGAUUUGAUGAUUGAAGACAUUGGUGGCAAAUCAUUAUUAGCUUUAGAUGUCUUUUCGUUAUCAAUCAAAGCACUUAAGGAUCAUUUCAUUGACACAAUUAAUGACGAGGUGCCUGGUAUUCAAAUAGACGAUGUCUUGUGGGUGCUAACAGUGCCAGCCAUAUGGAAUGAUAAUGCAAAACUUUUUAUGAGGAAAAGUGCUGAGCAGGCUGGUAUACCUCCAAACAAACUACUACUAGCCCUUGAACCAGAAGCAGCUUCAAUUUACUGUCAAUAUCUUCCUACUCAAAAACUUGGUGGUGCUAACCCUGACAUUGUUGUUGCUCCAGUAGGCAGCAAAUAUAUAGUAGUUGACUUGGGAGGCGGUACAGCUGAUAUAACAGUCCAUGAAAAAAUCAAUGAUGGAAGACUUAGAGAGAUAUAUUUUGCAUCCGGUGGUAAAUGUGGGGGAACAUCAGUAGACUGUGAGUUUUUCACCCUGAUGGAGAAAAUCAUCAAUCCAGCAACAAUGAAUGCAUUUAAACGAGAACAUCUUGAGAAUUACCUUGAUCUAGGAAGAGAGUUUGAAAAUAAGAAAAGAUCAUUUCAACCUAAUGACGCUGGACCAAUAAAUAUGAAAAUUCCAUUUUUGACAUUAGAUCUUGUUUGUAAGAAACAUUUAGGCCAAGAGUUAGAAUCCGUAAUUGAGUCUUCAGACUUGUCAUCAAAAGUGUCACUAAUAAUGGACAAAAUAAGAUUUGAAUUCAGUCUAUUUACAUCUUUAUUUCAGUCAACAAUUGAUUGUUUGCUUACACUUAUGGUAGACAUUCUGUCUGAGAAAGGUUGCGAUGGAGUUACUGAGAUUCUUUUAGUUGGAGGUUUUUCCCAAUGUAAGCUAGUUCAAAAGGCAGUGAAGGAUACCUUUCCCAAACAUAAAGUUAUCGUGCCCGAAUCCAGUGAUUUAGCCGUUAUGAAAGGCGCAGUUAUAUUUGGUCACCAACCAAAUAUCAUAGCUCAGAGAAUAUCUAGAUAUACAUAUGGGUUUAGUAAGAAAAAAACAUUUGACCCUGAAAUUCAUGAUCAAAAUCACCUGGAAAUGGUGAAUGGAAAAGAAAAAUGUACCCAUCUAUUCGAUGCAUUUCUUAAACGUAAGGAAACCAUACAACCAGGCAAAAUUGUAAAGACAACGGCUAAAAGCCGACCAAGUGAAGAUGGAGUAUUUAAAAUUCCUCAAUAA